CCCCCCCCCCUCUUCAGUAUGGUUUCCCGACUGCAGCACUGUUACUCAGACCUCUAUCCUCAUGGGUCAGUUGACGCUGUGUUAUGUUCUGCUCCUGCCACUGGGUCUGGGUUUUGACUCUGAAGUGACUCUGGUGAAAUCCAUCGGGAGAGAACCAGAUGUUACUCCAUUGUGCAACGAUACAACACCGAGUCACAUCACACUCGUGGUGUGUAAGAUCAGAACAGAGAUGAGCGGGGGGGAAGAGUGUCUUCUGCUGUAUCGAUAUGGACGGGACAUUGACAACAACUGCAGCUCCAGAUUCACACUCAUGAGGUUGAAUCAGAAUAUGGUUCUCCACCUGACCAGUUUAACACCAGGGGAUAGUGGGACCCACACCUGUGAGUGUGCACAUCCUGGUGGAACAGACAUUCUCCAUCUGAAUAUCACUGUGGAAGAGGAUGUAGAUGCCGACACUUCAACACAAAUGCUGAUUUCGAGCUCCUUGAUGGGUGUAACUAUAAUCAUCACUAUAACUGCAGUUAUCUUCGGCUGUAUCUACAGACGUGUACGACAUGGAAGACAACCACAACCGCUGAGCAGUCAUCUGAAACAGGAUGAAGAUGACCCUUACACAAGCCUCCAGCAACCAGUGAGCGAUCUCUACCAAACUAUCUCAAACUGCAGGCAAGGCAAGAUAGCAACGGUCCGCUUGGAUGACCAGGAUGUAGACGGGGAAGAGACUGAUCCAUGUUGCGAAAUCUAUGAAAACAUUGUAUUCAAUGAAUCCUGAUAGAGAAACUAGUAAUAAAUGGAUGUUUACGACUUACUGAGUAACAGAAUACUGAGUGUAAUUGGCCUUCAGUUCUGAGAAAUAUCCAAAUUAUUACUUUUUUUUUGCCUUUAAUACAUAAUUACAAGCAACUAACAUCAUAAAAGAAAAAAUAUAAUAUUACAGUACUAUCUGCAAACAUUACAAAUUAAAGGUCUUUACUAAUACCAAUUCAUCUUGGGAAAAUAAAGGAAAAAGUGGGAAUUACACUGCAGCCAGUAUAUUAACUGUAUAUUAACUGUCUAUUUACAGUAAAGUACCUUCAAAUC